GUAUUAGGGUUUUGCAACACGAGCCUCAUCAGAAGCGGAAGAAGCAGAAGGAAAGGAAGAGCAAUGGCGCCGAAGAAGCCGAGAAGCGUGUCAAGGAACCCUGAACUCAUUAGGGGUAUUGGGAAGUACUCAAGGUCCCAGAUGUACCACAAGAGGGGCAUCUGGGCCAUCAAGGCCAAACACGGCGGCGUUUUCCCUCGCCACGACCCUUCGCCCAAGCCCGACGCCCCGGCCCAGAAGCCUCCCAAGUUUUACCCCGCUGACGAUGUCAGGAAGCCCCUCGUCAACAAGCACAAGCCCAAGCCCGCCAAACUUAGGGCUAGCGUUACUCCAGGAACAGUGUUGAUCCUGCUUGCUGGCAGAUUCAAGGGAAAGAGGGUUGUUUUCCUGAAGCAGCUUCCAUCUGGAUUGCUUCUGGUAACAGGGCCAUUCAAGAUCAAUGGUGUUCCUCUUAGAAGGGUGAACCAAUCUUAUGUCAUUGGUACAUCUACAAAAGUGGACAUCUCUGGUGCUAAUGUUGAUAAAUUUGAUGACAAGUACUUUUCCAAGGAUGCCAAGAAGAAGAAAACAAAGGGAGAAGGCGAGUUCUUUGAGGCAGAGAAGGAGGAGAAAAAUGUUCUUCCCCAAGAGAAGAAAGAUGACCAGAAAACCGUGGAUACUGCUUUGUUAAAGGCAAUUGAGAGUGUUCCAGACCUGAAGUCUUACUUGGGUGCUAGGUUUUCUUUGAAGGCAGGAAUGAAGCCCCAUGAACUAGUCUUCUAGAGGCCAAAUUAUUUUUCUCAUUCUGUUUUGUCGAGCUUUCUCUUCGUAAUAGUUGCACUGUCUUCGUUGUACUGGAACUUUAUUUUUGUUAAAGUUUUUUUACCAGUUUUGGUUCUAGUUGAUUAAUACAUUAUUAUCGAUUGAUACAUUA